CCGGGAGGGGGGCGGCGAGCGGCCAGCACGACUCGCGCGGGUCCAGACCUUAUGUGGUGACUCUCGUGCUGCCGUCAGCGCCUCCUGCCCCGCCGGCGGGGCUCGGGCUUCUCGCGGCGGGAUGUUCUCCCGAAGGAGCCACGGGGACGUGAAAAAGUCCACCCAGAAGGUGCUGGACCCUAAGAAAGACGUGCUGACCCGCCUGAAGCACCUGCGGGCGCUGCUGGAUAAUGUGGAUGCAAGUGAUCUUAAGCAGUUUUUUGAGACCAACUAUUCUCAGAUAUAUUUCAUCUUCUAUGAAAAUUUUGUAACACUGGAAAAUAGUUUGAAAUUAAAAGGGAAUAAUAAAUCACAAAGGGAGGAGCUGGACUCCAUCCUCUUUCUUUUUGAAAAAAUACUACAGUUUCUACCUGAACGAAUUUUCUUUCGAUGGCAUUACCAGAGUAUAGGCUCAACUUUAAAGAAGCUUCUACACACUGGAAAUUCUAUAAAGAUAAGAUGUGAAGGAAUCAGGCUGUUUCUUUUGUGGCUUCAAGCACUUCAGACAAACUGUGCAGAAGAACAGGUGCUGAUUUUUGCAUGCCUCGUGCCUGGUUUCCCGGCAGUCUUGUCAUCCAGGGGGCCCUGCACACUGGAGACACUCAUCAAUCCUAGCCCUAGUGUAGCUGAUGCAAAGAUAUAUCCAGAAGAAAUAACUCCACUCCUACCAGCCAUAUCAGGAGAGAAGAUCAGUGAGGACCAAACCUGCUUUUUUCUUCAAAUAUUGUUGAAGUAUAUGGUUAUUCAGGCUGCAAGCUUGGAGUGGAAGAAUAAGGAGAACCAGGAUACUGGGUUUAAGUUUCUUUUUACACUGUUUCGAAAAUAUUAUCUUCCCCAUUUGUUUCCAUCUUUUACUAAGUUAACAAAUAUCUACAAACCUGUACUUGAUGUUCCACAUUUGAGACCAAAGCCAGUGUACAUCACUACUACUCGAGAUAAUGAAACCACAUACAGUACAAAAAUUCCAUACAUGGCAGCUCGUGUUGUUUUUAUUAAGUGGAUUGUAACUUUCUUUUUGGAAAAAAAGUACCUAACUGCAACACAUAACACUAAAAAUGGAGUUGAUGUAUUGCCUAAAAUCAUCCAGACUGUUGGUGGUGCAGUGCAAGAGAAAGCACCAGAGCUGGAUGGUAGUGGGCCUACAGAACAGGACAGAGGCCAUUCUAACAGUAGCACCUUGUCUGACCGAAGACUCAGCAACUCCAGCCUUUGUAGCAUUGAAGAAGAGCACCGAACAGUGUAUGAAAUGGUACAGCAGAUCCUUUUGUCAACACGAGGUUACGUCAAUUUUGUCAAUGAAGUAUUUCGACAGGCAUUCCUGUUGCCUUCCUGUGAGAUAGCUGUAACAAGAAAAGUAGUUCAGGUAUACAGAAAGUGGAUUCUUCAGGACAAACCUGUAUUCAUGGAAGAACCAGAUAAAAAAGAUGUUGCUGAAGAUGAUACUGAAAAAUUAGGAUUUUCAGAAACUGAUAGCAAAGAGGUCUCAUUGGAGAGUUCUGGUCAUAAACGAUCUUCUAGUUGGGGACGCACAUACUCUUUCACGAGUGCCAUGAGCAGAGGGUGUGUGACAGAGGAGGAUAAUACAAAUGUGAAAGCUGGGGCCCAGGCUACACUGCAGGUCUUUCUUACAAAUGCUGCAAACGUCUUUUUGCUGGAACCAUGUGCUGAAGUUCCCAUGCUCUUGAAAGAACAAGUUGAUGCUUGUAAAGCUGUUUUGAUUAUUUUUAGGCGCAUGAUAAUGGAACUUACAAUGAAUAAAAAGACAUGGGAACAGAUGUUGCAAAUACUACUCAGGAUAACAGAAGCUGUCAUGCAGAAGCCAAAGGAUAAACAAAUAAAGGACUUGUUUGCCCAGAGUUUGGCAGGGUUACUAUUUAGGACGCUUAUUGUGGCUUGGAUCCGAGCAAACCUCUGUGUGUACAUUUCUCGGGAGCUGUGGGAUGACUUUCUUGGUGUACUGUCAUCUCUCACUGAAUGGGAGGAACUCAUCAACGAGUGGGCCAACAUCAUGGACUCUUUGACCGCAGUGCUUGCAAGAACUGUUUAUGGAGUUGAGUUAACAAAUCUACCUCUGGAUAAAUUAAGUGAGCAAAAGGAAAAGAAGCAGCGAGGCAAAGGUUGUGUUUUAGAUUCUCAGAAAGGGACCACAGUGGGGAGAUCCUUUUCUCUCAGCUGGCGGAGCCACCCAGAUGUGACUGAGCCAAUGCGAUUUAGGAGUGCUACCACAUCUGGAGCCCCAGGAGUUGAGAAGGCAAGAAAUAUUGUUCGUCAAAAAGCAUCUGAAGUAGAAGAGUAUCAGCAGACAGAAAAUUCACCUGCAUUUGAAUCUGGUCAUCUCAUGGUGGGACAGCAUCAAGUCCUUCGGAGCAGCAGCACGUCUGACAUUACUGAGCCACUGUGCUCAGAUUCUUCUCAGGGUCAAAAAGUAGAAAAUACACAGAAUUUGAGUUCUUCAGAACCCAAGUCCACUCAAGAAAAUAAAGGACAUCUGAGGAGAGAACAUGAAGGAGUAACAAUCUUAGUUCGAAGAAGCAGCAGCCCCGCUGAACUGGAUUUGAAGGAUGACUUGCAAUUGACACAAGGAAAGUGUAGAGAAAGACAGAAGAGUGAAAGUACCAGUAGUGAUAUGGCUCUGGGCUGUAACAAUGAAGCAGAGCUGUCUAUGAGCCCAUGGCAGACAUGUGAAGAGGAUCCAGAACUGAACACUCCCACAGAUGGGGCUGACUCUGAUGCCCGCCAUUGGUUACAACUAAGUCCAACUGAUGCUUCAAACUUAACAGAUAGCAGUGAAUGCCUCACAGAUGACUGCAGUAUAAUUGCUGGAGGGAACCUAACUGGUUGGCACCCAGAUUCUGCUGCUGUGCUCUGGCGAAGAGUCCUGGGCAUACUUGGAGAUGUGAAUAAUAUCCAGUCACCUAAGAUCCAUGCUAAAGUUUUUGGCUAUCUCUAUGAACUCUGGUACAAACUGGCAAAGAUUCGGGAUAAUCUAGCAAUAAGUCUGGAUAACCAGUCUUCUCCAUCUCCUCCACUCUUGACCCCACCACUCAGAAUGUUUGCAUCAUGGCUAUUUAAGGCAACAACGCUGCCAAAUGAGUAUAAGGAAGGAAAACUGCAAGCCUACAGGCUGAUCUGUGCCAUGAUGACCAGACGCCAGGAUGUUCUGCCAAACUCGGAUUUCCUGGUCCAUUUUUACCUUGUGAUGCACCUAGGAUUAACCAGUGAGGACCAGGAUAUCUUAAACACCAUCAUAAGGCACUGUCCGACUCGCUUUUUCUCCCUGGGUUUGCCCGGCUUCUCAAUGCUGGUGGGGGACUUCAUCACGGCUGCUGCUAGGGUCCUCAGUACAGACAUGUUGGCGGCACCUCGUUCUGAAGCUCUUACCAUCCUUGGUUCUCUGGUCUGCUUUCCAAAUACCUAUCAGGAGAUUCCUUUACUUCGAUCAGUGCCAGAAGUAAAUGAGGUCAUUUCAGGAACUGAAGAUGUCAAGCAUUACCUCAUAAAUAUUUUACUGAAGAAUGCUACCGAAGAACCAAAUGAAUGUGCAAGAUGCAUCGCCAUUUGCUCCCUCGGGGUUUGGAUUUGUGAAGAGCUUGUACAGUGUACCAACCAUCCUCAGGUGAAAGAGGCCAUCAAUGUGAUAGGUGUAACUUUGAAGUUUCCUAACAAAAUUGUGGCUCAGAUGGCUUGUGAUGUUCUUCAGUUGCUUGUUUCCUACUGGGAAAAGCUGCAGAUGUUUGAAACUGCUCUGCCUCGGAAGAUGGCAGAAAUUCUUGUGGCCACAAUUGCUUUUCUUUUACCAAGUGCUGAGUACUCCUCAGUGGAAACAGACAAGAAGUUCAUUGUAUCCUUGCUCCUCUGCCUCCUGGAAUGGUGCAUGGCAUUGCCAGUGAAUGCACUUCUCCAUCCCGUGUCCACAGUGGUUCUGGAGGAACAGCACCCAUCCCAGGCCCCAUUGCUGGAUUAUAUCUACAGGGUUCUGCACUGCUGUGUUUGUGGAUCUAGCACAUACACCCAGCAGAGUCACUACACACUGACCCUGGCUGACUUGUCAUCCACGGAUUAUGACCCCUUCCUGCCACUAGCAAAUGUGAAGAGCUCCGAGCCAGUUCAAUACUAUUCUUCAGCAGAAUUGGGAAACCUGCUGACUGUUGAAGAGGAGAAAAAGAGGAGAAGUGUGGAAUUGAUUCCUCUGACUGCCCGCAUGGUGAUGGCCCACUUGGUGAACCACCUGGGCCACUACCCCCUCAGUGGAGGCCCAGCCAUGCUGCACAGCCUUGUCAGUGAAAACCAUGACAAUGCCCAUGUUGAAGGUGCCGAGCUCUCUUCUGAAGUGUUCAGGAGCCCCAACCUGCAGCUGUUUGUAUUCAAUGAGAGCACCCUCAUAUCCUACCUUCAGACUCCAUCAGAAGGUCCAUCUGGAGCAUCACCGGGGGGUGCCCUUUCUGACGUAAGAGUCAUCGUGAGAGAUAUCUCAGGGAAGUACUCUUGGGAUGGUAAGGUUUUAUAUGGACCUUUGGAAGGCUGCUUAGCACCAAGUGGAAAAAAUCCCUCAUUUCUGAUUUCGGGUUGGUGCCAUCACACAUGUGGACCUCAGAGAGACUUUUCUCAAAUUGAUGAGGGUGAUGAUGUCCUCGACAAAUUACUUGAAAAUAUUGGCCAUACAAGUCCUGAAUGCCUUUUACCAUCACAGUUAAAUCUAAAUGAGCCUUCCCCACCCCCAUGUGGAAUGAACUAUGAUCAAGAGAAGGAAAUCAUUGAAGUCAUUUUGCACCAGAGUACACAGGAAGAUGAAUAUGUUCAAAGAUGUAACUCUGAUUCUGCAAUGAAAGUCACCAGCCAAGGGCAACCCUCACCUGUGGAGCCCCGAGGACCCUUUUAUUUUUGUAGGCUCUUGCUGGAUGACUUGGGAAUGAAUUCUUGGGACAGAAGAAAGAAUUUUCAUCUGUUAAAGAAAAACUCAAAAUUAUUGAGAGAGCUGAAAAAUCUGGAUUCCCGUCAGUGUCGCGAGACGCACAAAAUUGCAGUAUUUUACAUUGCUGAAGGUCAAGAAGACAAGUGUUCAAUCCUGUCCAAUGAAAGAGGAAGCCAAGCAUAUGAAGACUUUGUUGCUGGUCUUGGAUGGGAGGUGGAUCUCUCAACCCAUUGUGGAUUCAUGGGUGGCCUUCAACGCAAUGGCAGCACAGGGCAGACUGCUCCUUACUAUGCUACCUCCACUGUGGAAGUGAUUUUCCACGUUUCCACUCGGAUGCCAUCAGACUCAGAUGAUUCACUUACCAAAAAGCUCCGUCACUUGGGGAAUGAUGAGGUCCACAUCGUCUGGUCUGAACACUCCAGGGACUACCGCAGGGGUAUUAUCCCAACUGCCUUUGGAGACGUUUCAAUCAUUAUUUACCCAAUGAAGAAUCACAUGUUCUUUAUUGCAAUAACGAAGAAACCUGAGGUUCCAUUUUUUGGGCCUCUGUUUGAUGGAGCCAUAGUGAGUGGGAAGCUGCUGCCAAGCCUUAUAUGUGCCACGUGUAUCAAUGCCAGCAGAGCUGUGAAGUGCCUCAUCCCACUUUACCAGAGCUUCUAUGAAGAACGAGCUCUGUAUCUCGAAGCAAUAAUUCAGAACCACCGCGAAGUCAUGACAUUUGAGGAUUUUGCAGCUCAAGUCUUUUCUCCCUCUCCCAGCUACUCCCUCAGUGGAACGGAUUAAAAUACCUAAAGGUCUCAUUACAAUAUUGGAGCAAGGACUUGGCCUCCAGGCUAAGUGUGGACUUCAAGAAGCCGGUCAGUAUGGAACAGACAACGAGGAUCCCCACCCUUCAGCCCCCAGUCCCAGAGACCACAGGAAGCCCUGUGGCUGUGCCAGUGCCCAUAGCAAGCCUCCACAAUACUGGGCCUCCGAAGUCAGAGGUGAAUGACGCGCUGUCUAGUCUUGAGAACACUCAACCUUGAGCCUCCAAAGAAGAAAAAAAUCAUCAACAACCAGAGACAGAGCCCUUGGAGACUGCUCACCCCAGAAUACACUGGCCUGGCUGCUCCAGAUAGAUCCCAGCAGGAAAGAAGGGAGGGUACAGAGGACAGUUACUCUCUGCACCCUAAAACGUUUCCCCCUAUUUAUAAGCCCAAGUAUGAUUUCUAGAGGGCUGACAAAAUAACUGUUUGAUUGCGCCUGGAAUUUCUUCUGUGUUGAUUUUGCUAGUUCUAUUUAUGUGAAAAUUUAUAGUUUACUCAAAAAUUUCAUCAUCCUAAAAAUUGAUUCACCCAAGGGUCUUUUGCCCAGGAGUUUUACCUCAGUAUUGAGUCUUUUUCCACCUGGUGCUUGAUACACACUAACUGAAGAGGUUCUCCUCACCACCCAAACAAAUAGGAGCAUCACAGUGAUGCUCCUAUUCCAGAACACUCAAAAGUCUCUAGAAAGAAAGGGUCAUGUUCUUUUGAGAAUUCCUGUAGGACAAGAAGCAUCCCUAAGUUCAGCCCAGCCCAGAAUCAAUACAAAGCAACUACCAGCUCCACAUGCCAACUGGAUGGUCAUCCAGUAAUAUACAAAUCCUCACUUCUCUCCUGCCUGCUGCUCAGACAGGGCCAAGACAGACCUUAGAAACGAUUCUUGCCACACUGAGUUUUAGAGUAAUACAUUCCAAACAAGGGUGAUUUUAUCUGCAUCUGUUGUCCAAUUGUCUCCAAGGUAUGCUAGGCCUGUUUAACAAGAAAAGAAAGGAAGGAAGAAGAAGGAACAAUGAAAAGUCCUGCCUCUGGGCUUCCCAUCUCCCUGGAGGGGUACCUGUAGGUGGACCCUGCCAUCCAGUACCAGAGAAAUUGGUUCACAGGAAGACCUGUGUGGCUCACCCUCUGCCACUUUCCAGGUUCUGAAGUGGUCUCAGAGCCUGAGGCUUACUCCACUCCCCACUCUGCCUUAGAAAGAAAGCCAAGAAGCACAUCAGAGGCCAGUCCUGGCUGCUUAUAUGAGAUCAUGUCACAGUGCCCCCUCCCCCAUCAUAACAUAGCUAUAGGUGGGGCCCAGGCUUCAGAAGGCAGGCCCUGUGUAUAGAUACACCUGCCUACCUGUCUGCCUUCCUCUGCCCUCUGGUUUUCUGUACACUUACAUGUUCCCUCAGCCUACUUGGUUACCUACAGCCUAAAGAGGCUCACCCCCAUCAAAACAGCUGUUUCCUUGGAGGAGCCGGCUUUCCCCGUCAACCAUUGAGUUAAUUUGGCUGGUCUUGACUUUCCUGGGAAAAGUGGACAAAUCCAGGAGCCAGACUCAGUCUUGGACAAAUGAUAAAGAAUUGGAACAUCAUUCCCAUCAGAAAAAUGGACCUUCCAGGUGUAGGGAAAACCUGUCUGCUUUAAAGGUGAUUUACAGGGCAUUGCGGGCAGAUUUGAACCCCAGGCCCACCAACCAGAGCACCAGGAUUGCUGUCUGAAGGCAUGAGAACAGGAACAAGGGGCAUUCCAGAGUAGAAGCUUUAAUCGCCGUGGGCUGUUUACUAGGGGCCGUUACGUUCAUUUAUUGGGGGCUUCACAGCAAUAGAAAGGAUGACAAGAAGUCAUGGUGUUUCUCCUAGAGUCAGCGAAUGCUUUGAUUUUUAUUCUCACUCCUCCACCCCCUGCCCUUUCAUGUGUUUGUUAGUGGUUUGAACUCUGGCCAGUGUGAUUGGCCCGUAUUCAUCAGACUUAUGAGUGUUGUUGCUUUGCUUUGUUUCAUGCUUACACAGUACCCAGACCUUUUUUUUCUAUGUAGAAACAUAUCACCUGUCCCUGGGCUUCAGAGCUCUCUGUAACCCUUUAACAACAAGGAUCUUCUGGGAGAAGAUUUUAUAUUCAGGCUGUAGAAAUCUCUGUUGCAGAAUUCUUGGUUGCAUAAAAGGGAAAUAUAAGGAAUGGGGAGACUCUUUAAUUUUUGUUUUUUGUGUUCUGUGGCACUGGGAAUGGAUGAAAAGCCUGGGCCUCCUGCAUGUGAGGCAAAUGCUUUUCCACUGAGCCAUGCCCCAGCCCUUGGAAGCCAUGUUUAACUUCCUGAACUUCUCCACAAUUUCAUUUUGCCUCCAUGAGACAGCGCUCCUAACCUUCAAGUGGGAAAUUCAAUUGUAAGUAACAAAUAUCUCAACCUUCAUGUAAUCCCUAAUGAUUUUAACAACCCUAUUCCUGCCCCCCCACCACCACCUCAUGACAGCCAGCAGUUUCGUGAUUUAGAGGGGGAAGCAAGGGAUCUGACAACCAUGUUUACUUGCAGUCACACAGCCGUUCUUGUUAUUUGGGGUGGAAAAUUGAUCGUAUUUUUUUUCUCUUUCCAGUUAGCAAACUAAAUGUUGUGUUCUUUGUAAUAAAUGCCUUUUAGCAGUAUUGCUAAGGUCACUCAUGUGGUAGAGACCCUCCUGAGCCACAGUGCACGUUAAUACUAGUGGGCCAACCAUGUGUAAAGAAAGGUGGCUCUAAUUGGCCCAAAGUGUGCCUGCCUGUCCCCCUCCCCCCACCCUCACCCCCUGAGCCUGGCCAGUUCCCUCACUUCACUACAUGCUGAAUUCCAGAUUUCCAUGUAGAACAAAGCUGAUGUCUAUAGCCUCAUUGAUUAGACCUUUUUGUACUUCAAAAAAAAUUAAAAAAAAAAAGAAUCGGGCACUGGUGGCUCACUCCUAUAAUCCUAGC